CUCUCAACCAGUGAACUAUUUUACAGUGGAUGUUACAGCUUGAUGUGUUGUUAGGUUGUGCUAAUUUUUGGCGCGGGGUACUGACGGAUUCUCGGAAGUUAUUGCAAAUUUAUCGUGUAUUCAACAAAUGUCGAACCAUGGAUGGAUGUAAUUAUUAAUUUGUAAAUUAUCUUGUAUUGUUUAAUGUACAUUUUGUGUUGAACUUUGCCUGCCAUCGCCCAGGGAGGACUGUAUAAAUCGGCCCCCCCGGCAUGUUUUGCUGUGUAGAUCACCAUUCUGGCUGACGCUGUGUGGUCAAAACGACGCUAGGCCUACUGCUACCGAUUUGAAGUCAUGCAAUGAUUGGAACCAGAAAAGAGAUGUAGCAGAAACAUUAUGAACGGCGAAACUCCUAGUGUACCCAUCACUACAUUGGCUGGGGUGGCCAGUUUAACAGAGCUGCUGUCACAGUUACCUUUGCCCACUCCAUUGCCACAGACAGUCCAGAACAAAACAUUACUGUACAGUCCAAAUAUCGCAGAAGAUGCUAGGAGGUUACUGGCUUCAUCAGAUGAUGUGCUUGGAGCACAACUCUCCCAUGCAUUGCGACAAACCACAACCAGUCAAAUAGAACUGAAAGACAACCUCAUUCCCAAUGCAGUGGAAGGUGAAAUCCCGAGUUUGCUUCAGGCUGUAAUGCGUAAAGAUCCUCAGAUCUUUCAAGGGAAUGCACGGAUUGAUGGUCACCUCAGCCACAAUCAGUUCAGCAAUUUUGUUCCUCAAGGCCACAGAAUCUCCCAGUCCCAACAUCAUGGCUCUCCUCGAGGAUACAAUCAGCCUGGUACAUCGCCCAGGUAUAACCAGAACCAGCCCCAAAGGUAUCAAAACAAUGCUUAUGCAUCCCCAAGCAGCAGUCCUUUUCAAGCAUCUGGUGCUGGAAUGGGCCACUCUUCAAACUCGGUGGUAUCCCACAACCACCAACCUAAUGCAGUGUCAAGUCCAGCCCAAGCAACUGCAGCAGAGAGAGUUCUUCCUCUUCCAUACGCACAGAAUGCCUCCCCUGUCUCCACUCACAACUCCCCCGACCCCUUAGCCAGACACAACAGGCGGACGCGAAAUCCACCUUCAGUGUCCGCAAACAACAGUGUCGACCAGCAGUUUCAACAUGGCAUGAAAUCUCAGGAACCUGUUCACAACAUAUCAGACAAAUUGCCAAACAGGACUUGUAUUCAAGGAGCACCAGCACGUGCUGACCCUGUGAUUGUGUUAGAUGAUAUUGGUGAUCAAUUGAACACUAGCAUCAGUAGACUGCCAUUGCCUCCUCACCUUGCUGGUAGUUCUGUCAAAUCUGCACAUUCUCCCAGCGAGAAAUCAAAGAGCGCAGACACCAAAAAGAAAAACGAACCUGUUGUUAUGUUGGAAAUGUUGGAUCCUUCAAUGCUGAAGACCAUCAGCAAAGGAGGUUCAGUGAAAACUGACUGUGAUAAUGACUCUCGAAAGCGGAAAAGAGAAGAAACAAGCUACAAUAUAUCAAGGGCAGCAGGUCAGGGUGACAUUUCUUUUCAAGCUUUCCGUAGCCGAAAGUCUGAUGACACUUACAAAAAUAGGGCAGCAAAGAGGAGGCGUCAUUCUGUUGAGAGUGAUGAUGCAUCAUCUUUGUCAGAGUUUGUGGAGGUCGAGGAAGAUGAAGAGGCUUACAAAGCAAGAAUGAAAAAGAAAGAAAAGCAGAACAAGAAGCGUCUGUUGCAGCCAGUGGUCAGCUUGGAGGAUUUACUUGACAGUCCGAUUUUCAAGAAAUUCAAUAGCUGUGUGGAUCAUAUCUUUGACAGUGCAGAGGAUGCAAAUUUUGCAAGCAUUGACAAAGACAAUGAGGAUGUCGAAUGCCCUCCCGAGUCUCUCAUAGCAAGACGGAUCCUUACAGACCUGUGCGGAGAAGCAGCAAAACUAAAGGCCAUGAAUGCUCUCAGUCAGAUUCCUCCAGAUCGUUUGGUGAAGUUGUUGACAAUCUUGCUGUGGAACGUCCGAGAUGGCUGUAAAGUUACACCAAACAUAAAUCAGGAAGAGGAUGAAGAGGAGUCAAAAUUGUGGAGAGAACUGACCAUGGAUCGUGUUAUGAGGAGCAUGGAUGCGUCUCUCACUGGAAUGGCUGUCAUGACAGGGCGCAAUAUGCCGAAGCAAGUGUACCUGGAAGAUGUCAUAGAGAGGGUCAUUCACUUUGCAAAGUUUCAACUACACAAUACCAUAUACCCUGAGUUUGACCCUGUCUACAAAAUUGACCCAAAGGCUAAAGACGGCUACCAUGGAAGUUUGAAAGCCAAGAGGGCACGUGCUGGAUCUGUCAAGCACAAAUCAACCAUCACCCUUUACAACAAAAUGUGUGAGCUUGUCAGUGCUCUUGCAAACUUACUGGAAAUUCAAGAGUUGACAGAUACCAUUAUACUGCAGGUCUCCUCUCUUGGUGUGUCGGCUUUCUUUGUUGAGAAUAUAAGCGAACUUCAGCUUACAACAAUGAAGCUGGUUACAACAGUAUUUUCCCGGUAUUCAAAACACAGGCAGCUGAUUUUGGAAGACAUCUUUGCUAGUUUAGCCAGGCUUCCUUCCAGUAAGAGAAAUUUGAGGAACUACAGAUUGAAUUCAGAUGAAUCAAUACAGAUGGUUACAGCUCUGGCUCUGCAGCUCAUUCAGUGUGUGGUGAAGUUACCAGACCCUGACGCAGAAGACAGUCCAGACAAGGAGGAUAAAAACAAAAAGAGCAAAGGAUCAAACACUGAAGAGAAUGUUGCGCUUGGCGGUGACAAUGAUGUUGUCAUUGUGACGUCAUAUGAAACUGCGAUGAGAACGGGUUACAACUUCUUGUCUGUGUUUUUGAAGAAGUGCACAACAAAAGGAGAGGAAGACUACAGGCCGCUGUUUGAAAACUUUGUUCAAGAUUUGCUCACCACUGUCAACAAACCAGAGUGGCCAGCAUCUGAGCUGCUUCUUAGUUUACUGGGAAGAAUAUUGGUUCAACAGUUCAGCAGCAAGUCCACCGACAUGUCACUUCGUGUGGCUUCUUUAGAAUACUUGGGCAUUGUCGCUGCCAGAUUGCGCAAAGAUGCUGUAACCAGUCAGCUCAACCAAGAAGUUAUCAAUGACAUAGUUCAAAAGGUUAGUGAAAAUGAGGAGGAAGAAAGUGCAUCUACCAGGAGCAAAAAGACUGAGAAAAGUUCUCCAGAUGUUACCGAGAGACUGCAGCAAGCAAUGCUGGAAUAUCUCGCCUACAACGCUCAAAGUGAAUCAGCAUUAUUUUUUGCUCGUCAAUUCUACAUCGCACAAUGGUUCCGGGAUACUACUGUAGAAGCAGAGAAAACGCUGAAAGCUCAACACAACAACUCUGGUGAUGAUCAGGAUGAAGAUUUCAAUGAGAAGAAAGAAGAGACUUCAACUGAGCUAAUGCAGAAUGCUGAGAAAAGAAAGGCUUUUCUGUGCUCUCAGAUUUCCUGUUCCAAAAGAUCAAACAUGAAGCAUGCAGGGGCGAUGCUUGACUAUGAUAGUGCUUGCCUUGUUGCCAGGUACCUGUCGUCAAAACGCCCAUUUGCUCAAAGCUUUGAUAUCUACUUGACUCAGAUUCUGAAAGUUUUGAGCGAAACAGCUGUUGCGGUGAGAACUAAAGCCAUGAAAUGCCUUACAGCGGUGGUGGAAGCAGAUCCUGGAAUACUGGCUCGUUCUGAUAUGCAGAGAGGGGUUCAUGGAAGAUUCCUCGACCAAUCCACUUCAGUGAGAGAAGCUGCCAUUGAGCUUGUUGGCAAAUUCAUUCUCAUCCAGCCUGACCUCAUUCCAAAUUACUAUGACAUGCUGUCUGACAGAAUUCUUGACACAGGAAUUAGUGUGAGAAAGAGGGUGAUCAGAAUCUUCAAAGACAUUUGCAUUGAGCAUGGUGAUUUCAACAAAAUUCCUGAAAUGUGUGUCAAGAUGAUCAGGAGGGUCAAUGAUGAGGAGGGAAUCAAGAAAUUGGUAAAUGAAGUCUUUCAAACUAUGUGGUUCACUCCUCUUGGAACAAGGGACAAAGACACAGGCAAACUUGUACAGAAAGUGAUGAACAUCACUGAUGUUGUUGCUGCAGCAAAGGAUACAAGUUAUGAGUUCUUUGAGCAACUUCUUGAAAAUCUCCUGAAAAAGGAUGAUGAUGGGAACUACAAUAAAGCUGCAAUUACAGCCUGCAAACAGAUUGUUGAUUGUUUAGUGGAAAAUGUUCUCAGGAUAGAGGAGAAGAGUGUUGAGGGUUCAGAGGGUGCAGAGAGCAAGACCAGCAAUACUCGUCUUGUUGGUUGUCUGUCAACACUCUAUUUGUUCAGUAAGAUUAAACCUGAUCUCAUGGUGGAACACGCAACCACACUACAGCCUUAUCUUGACAUAAAGUGCAAUACUCAGGGAGACUUCAUGGUGCUUCACUAUGUCGCCCGAAUUCUUGAACUUGUGAUUCCAUUGAUGGACCAUCCGAGUGAAUCAUUUCUGGCCCAGGUGGAGGAAGACAUGAUCAAGCUCAUCCUAAAGCAUGGGAUGAUGGUUGUACAAAGUUGUGUCAGUUGCCUUGGAGCUGUUGUAAAUGAUGUCAGUCACAACUAUGAACUAGUCAAGGAUUGCUUCAAAAAAUUUUAUGGUGUCUUAGCAAAGCUAAUGCUUGAUCAUAAAACAAACAAGGAUUGUCCAACGCUGAAGCAGAGACGACCCACAUUGUUACGAGCUCUGUUCACAGUUGGGCUGUUAUGCAAACACUUUGAUUUGGAUUCAAAAGACAUGGGGGAGACAAAGGUUUGUGUGAGAGAGACAGUGUUUGAUGUGCUCACCUACUUUCUGAACCAUGAGGAUGAAGAUGUACAGUUGAAGGCACUUACAGCAAUUGGUUUCUUUGCUUGCCGACACUACACAUUUAUGUUGGCACCAACUCUCAAGGAACUGUACAACAGACUGUUGACUGACCCAAUGGCAUCAGUGAAACUGAGAUGUCAGGUCCUGAGAAACCUUCAAACGUAUCUCUUAGAGGAGGAGUUCCAGAUGUCAAAGUCUGAUGCUGAUUGGAAGAAGCAUUCCAAGCAUGAAGAUUUGAAAGAGAUGGGAGAUGUUCAGUCCGGAAUGGCGAGUACUGUGAUGCAAAUAUAUUUGAAAGAACUUAUGGAGGCAUUCUUCCACGACAACUCUCAGGUCCGACUGACAGCUCUAAAUGUUGUCACCCUUGUUCUAAGGCAGGGUCUUGUUCAUCCCGUCCAGUGCAUCCCUUACUUAAUCAGUAUGGGGUCUGAUAUUGAAAGCGCAAUCAGAGUGAAAGCAGAUCAGCAACUUCAAGAAAUUGAGAAGAAAUACCCUGGGUUCACUCAUAUGAAGGCCCUUCAGGGAAUGAAAGCUUCUUACAGGCUCCAGAAAGUGUUUCACUCGAGUAAUCCGAUGGAACCGAUCAGAGGGCUGAGAUACAAUGAUGAAAAUCAACCCCAAGCACUCAAUGCAUUCCUGUACUCGUUGCUAAGAGCAAAUCGAUCUCACAGACGAGGACUGCUGACUUCCACAUUAAACCUCUUUGAUGACUCUGCGAGAAUCUCACUAGAGGAACAAGUGUUCAUCGCUGACAAUUUGGCAUACUUUGUGUUCCAAAAUCAAGACGAACCUUUGUUCAUCAUACAUCAAAUAGACAUCAUCGUGUCAGUGACAGGAUCCAACUUGUUACAGUCCUUCAGAGAGAAUCUUCUUCACAAGCACAGUACUGGAGUCCAGAACGGUGUGUCAUCUGAAAACUUGCCCAACGGAGAUGUAAAUAUGGUGGAAGAUGAUGAUGAUGAUGAUCCUGAGUCAUUGAUUCAAAAACUACCAGAGAACAUAAAACCUUUAACAGAUGUAAUGCAUCUUUCUCAAGGAUGCAUUCUUCUAUUGGUGCUAAAGCAACAUCUCAAAGAGAUGUAUGGCCUGACAGAAGGCAAAAUUCAUAGGUAUUCCCCAACAGAGGCAGCAAAGGUCUAUGAGAAACCAUUGAAUCGCAAAGCAUUGCCAUUGUUUGAACCCCAGCACACAUUGCAAGUGUUGAGGUCAACAUAUGAAGAGGACACGAGAAGUGAGGAAGAGAAGAGACAAAAGUUGAUAGAAGACUAUCUUGAGUUCCGGGACUUGAUGAUGAGUAUAGACCCAACGGACGAUGACGACAGUGGUGACGAAGGCCGCUCCGCUGGAAAAGCCACGCCACAGCCUGGUGCAAACAAAUCUCCGUCCCAUCAAAGCGAUGCAGGCGAAGGGGUCAGCAGGAACGGGGAUACUUCAAGGGUUGAAGGGGAUGGGAACCUAGAUCCACUUCAAGUCAAUUCAUCUACCUCAGGAAUAUCUGGAAAUCCGUCUUCUUCAUCUUCAAGAUCUCCAAGAAUAUCACACUUUCCAUUGGAUCACAUGCACCAUCACCAUAGUGAGAAAAGGAAGAAAAGCCACCACCAUUCUUCUCAAAAGGCUCACAAACUUUUAGCGUCGGGAGGCCAUAAAACUCCAACAGUGAAAAAGAAACGGAAGAAGAGGAAACGCUUAGAUAGUGAUGACGAUGAUGACAGUGAUGAUGACCCCGACUUCGUAGGUUGAAGUGUUCCUUGUUAAUAUAAUCUCCAGCUGUUGUUGAUGUUGUUCUCUUCAUUUACCUUCAAUCUUCUUCUGUGGAGCAUUCCUGUUUGGUCAGUCUUGUCAAAGCAGUGCUUCGCGCGAUGGUUCUAUGAAACAGCAUUUUUUUAUUUUUUUUUACCUGCAAGAGUCUAUUUUGUAGUGCAGUGGGUUUUUAAAAUUCAGUGACACUGUGGACUAGGUGUGAUUCACUAAUGGGAGUGCACUGUUGCCCUUACCGGAAUGAUGCAGAAUCCUUGACCGAUUCAGAAACUUAGUAAUUCUGCAGAGGUUCAUGACACCAAGCCUGCUGUCAAGUUCUGAUGUUUAAGGAGAGAACAGGAAAGUUGUGUGCUGCUGCCUGGAUUGGUUUGGUAUGAGUCAUUGUGUCAAGUGUGUGGACAUUUUUUAGUUCUUCAUGUUGUGGUAAGUAGUGUAUAACAUGAACAUUGGAUAGAUUGUGCAUUCAUAUUAUUGUAGCUUUUUGAAAAAGGGACCAGUAUUGUGACUCUUAAAGAUACUAUUUGAAUGCUGUGUGGGGAAAAGAAAUGAGGUUUUCUUGAAGUUGGAACAUCACAUACCUCAAAAAUACAAUAUUGUUUUCAAAGACUAGAUAUUUUUUUUUUAAUAGCGCCUUUUCCCCCUGCCUCAGUUUCGGGGUUGUCUUAACUCAUUCGGAGCGCAGGUUUUUGACCGGAUUUGCACUCAGAGACGCACGAUUUUGGGUCAACUUUGAAAGUCUGCCAUUUUUCCACCUUUUAAUAUUUUUUAAGUCUUUGUUUUCUCUAUCUACACGUUCAACAUUUGGACUUUGCCUUAGAUCUCUCCCUAUUUGCCAGGAUAUAUUCCUAAACUUGCCAGGACCCCUACAAAAAUGGUGUAUGAGACAUAAAAUUAUUUGCACCUCUAAGUUGACAGUGAAGAAAUGCAGGAACAAACAAGAUAAAGCUACAACACAACUAUAACGCAGCUAAAAACACAUCCCAACACAAUUUACAGUCCGUAUACUGUGAAGAAAUGGUUUCAGUCGUUGUGAAUAGUCCUUCUUUGUAUGGUACUCCUCAAACAUCCGUGUUCUUUGUUGCCUCGACUGCCUUCAUAAAUCGCCGCAGAAAAUUUAUUUAAAAAACAACGCUACACGGUCAUAAGUCAAUAAAUACAAAAUAAAAUAUGGCUUAGCAAUGUCAACCAAAAGUUCCCUGGAAUACCUUCAUUUGUAUGAAUACAACGGUGGAGAAAUGCAGUUGGAUGUAGGUCUGAUUCGUCCCGGAUGAGUCAAUUGACCCUUGCGGAGAGGGAUGUUCAGUAAUAUGGAACUAGAUUAUUUAUUUCUUGGUUUUAGAUUUGGUAAUAAGGAUUGAAAGUUCAUGUGUUGUUUUGGUAAUUAUGUUUUCAAAAGUAAACAUUUAGUUUUUUUGGUGUCCUUAUUGGGAAAGGGUAGUGCAGAUUUAAAUUGCCUACAUGUAUUUAUUGUUUACAUUAAAAGAAAAAAAUUCUUUAUCUUUUCAUGGACAGAAACAAAUAUGAGAUAAAGAGCUCAUGAACUGAACAUCUUAUGGGCGAGAUAUCAUUUUGGGGAACAAGACUGGGGGGGGGGUUAAAAAUUAAGUGCCGAGAACAAGGCUAUGGUGGAAAUUUUUUUUAAAAUGGCAUUCUUCUAUUUUUAUUAACCAUUUCCUGUUCAAUCACUGGUGAGAAAUACUCCUCUAGAGAUUUACGCUCUGAAACUUUUUGGGCACACUUCUUGUUUCUUUCAUGGGAAUUCUUUAGUAGUAGGAUUGGCUAUGAUAAAAAUUUGAUCCCUGACUUCAGCAUUUGUUUUCACAAUUGAGAAAAGUGUCAGAGCGGGCAUCAGCAAUUGGAAUUUAUUUUCACAACCACGUUAAGUUGAAUUACUGGGUGACCAGUGUUGGAGGAAGAAUAUGAACUGGAAAGGGUUAAGAGAAGAAACAACUGAAAUUUCUCUGCGUAAGAAGCUUUGCGCUUUAAAGUACAAAUAAUUGAGCAACAGACAAGUUUUGUUGAGGUUUUUUUUUUGCCACACCAUGUGCUAGGGUUUGGGUGUUUGGUUUGAUGGUAAAAAUUUGUUUUCAAAUUUAUAAUGGCAAUUGAUUGGCCUUCAUUCCAGAAUAUUUUCAUGCACUGAUUGUGCCAGGCUUCCGGCAAUGGAUGUGUUUGGGAUGACAUUCUGUUUUAACCAAGUUUUAGAUUAAGCUUCUUUUGAGCUAAUAACUCUGUUAUGAGUUAAAAAUGGUUUUCUAACUGGUCUUUGAUACUGAGCAUCAUUUUUUUCUUCCGGUUUCAAGAAUUCUUACAGCCUGAUGAUUUGAAACGAAAAGGUAUUCUGGUUAAUUGUACAGGUGGUCAGUGUAUAUUGUCUUGUGUUUGCCAAACCGAUCCCCUCUUGGGGUAUUUUGCAUGAAUGCUACUUGGGCAAGAGUUUUGUACAUGAAGUAGGGGAAUUUUGGAAUUGCGGUUAUUCUAUUGGAUUGCCUUUUAUUUUUAUUUAUUAAAUCUGCAUACAAAUGCUGUAAUUUAAGACCUGCCUUGUGAAUAUGUUGAAAUAAAAAUGUCGAAUUUGCCUGUCUCUGAAAUAACUCCAUAGACGUGAAAAUUUUGUAUUCUUUCUGAAGGCAUUCUUGAACCUUCUCUGCUGUGGGUGUCGCACAUGUCAAGGUGUCAGACAUAAGUUAAGCUCCAGACUUUAGUGAGCUUCUGUCGUUCUCUUAUGUUCAGUCUUGAAUUACAGAUUGUUUCUGAUAGCUUUGUUUAUCUUAUGUUAAAUCUUUUAUGUAACACCUUCUAAUCUUUUUCUUAUCCUUUUAGUUCAAAUUAUGCUUUGCUUCCAGAGACUUAUUUCAUAGCUAAAAAAGUGAAGAAUGGUUCAUCACGCUGGUGAAAGCUAUUAUUUAAAAUGUGGAAAUUGGUUAACAAAUCAAGGCAGACUUUUAAAGCCAUGGCAACGGUUUCACUUAUUGUAUUUCAAAGCUGUAUCUUACAUGAAUCCAAAGUCUUCGUUAUAAGUUGUUUCCUUUGGCUGAUAAUGAUUUUGAUGCCAGUUACGGAUUUGUAACAGACACUGAGGUUUAUGCUUGUUCUAUUAUACCAAAAAGGCACCAGAUCUAGGCUUCUUGUGAACUCUGGUGACACCAUUUUUUGGUAGUUUGUCAUUGUUAUAAGGGACAAGAAGACAUCAUUGUCCACAUAGUUUAUGAGUAUGAACUCAGUUUUUCAUCAAAAGCAGUUAAAUUGACAUCACUGUGGCCUGCAUGCUUUUCAUAACAGCAUUUUCAUUUUCCAAAAUGACACCUGCUCAUUUCCUAUUGUGAAAGUAAUAGGGUGCCGAGGAAAGGACUGUUCAGUUUUCCUAAUUUUUGUGAAAGACUGGAUAUCCAGCAUCAACAAAGUAAGGAUAUUCUGGUUGGACAUGUGUUGCCGAAACAGUUGCUGACUUUCAUUGUUGGUCAAUAGUGCUUAUCUGUUUCACUGAUGUUCUCUGUAGUCUGUGAAAUAAGUUAGAAAUUUCUUAUUUAAGUCGGGGAGGGGGGAAUUCCCGUUUAGAUGUAGUAUGUUAUGAUUGACUGUUAGCAUGUAGACUCACAAACAUUAUCAGCAUUUUCAUGCAUAAAUUUUGAGUUUUGUAUGCUCGAGUCAUUGCUUUGUUUUCAGUUUCAAUGUUCAAACAUUUCCAGCAAAGUUAGUUUUCUGCUGGAGGUCGAUUGUUAUUGCUCUUUUGAAUUGAGUCAUUUUGCAGUGUUCACUUACAUUUUAUCCCUUUUAUGCUUGGGAUUUUAGUUUCAGGUGUGUUCGACCCAUUUUUUUUUUUUUCAGUUUUGUAAGCCACAGAAAUUUCAACAAUAAGUAAUUUUUAAAAAUUUAAUUGUUUUUCAUCUACAGAAAUGCUUUCACUUUUUUUUAAAAAAGGAAAAAAAUGUGGCUCCCAGUUUUGGGUUUCACUUUGAUAGAAUAUCUGUGUAAUCAUUCCUUAUUUGUUUAAGAUAGAUUUUAGAGAUGUCCGAACCAUUAUCUAACAAAGAUCUUUGAAAAUAAUGGAAAAAUCUCAAGGGAACCUUUGAAAGAAAAAUCUUUUCCCUGUUUUUAAAGUCAUGAAUAACGAAAUGUUAUUUCACAGGAUUUCACAGGAUCAGGCAAAGCAUUGUAAUGUAAAAAGAGAAACAUUGCCUCUUAUAUUUCUUUAUUAUCUAUCAAUGAGCUUAUAAAGUUGUCAGAGUACUUUCACGUCUAACUCAAAUAGCUACAUUGUUAAUGUUUAGAUCAAAUAUUGUGAGAAUCAGACCAUGUACAGUUGUUUGAAUCCAAAGUUUUUGCUUGUUUGGACAUUUUGGUAGUGUGAGUGAUUUGCUUUAUUCCUGAGUGAAUGUGUUUUGAUGUAAUUUCUCAGCAAGAAGUUGAUGUUUGUGCCUUUGUAUUUAUUGGCAAUAGAUGAAUUUGCAGGACUUAUUUAUUGCAUCAUUUGUAGGGGAUGUAUAUCCUUAAGUUCCAUUUGUGGGAUGCUUAAAUAUGUGAAGUACUGUAGAGCUCUAUUUUAGUAUGCGCUAUUCAUUAUCUAUUUAAGAGAUAGGAAAAAUGCACCAAAAACUGACGAAGUGGUGAUCUAUUUGGUCCAUGUAUGUCUAUCCUGACUGCAGUAUAGUUUUCAAGAAUUGCAGUAACUGAAGAAAAUAGUAUGUUUUGACAGAAGACCAACAGGAGUGCUCAUUAUUGCUUAAUAUGUUCCCCUCUCUCAGACAUCAUCUCAUUUUGUAAAUCUGUUUCAAGUUAUUAAACAUUGUCACCUUGAUUUGUCUUCAUAUAUACAUGUGUGUGUGUUCUCUAAAUUGUUCGACCUUGCUGUUUAAUGAAAAAGUAAUAAUUGUCAUCGUGGGCUCUGUCUGCCAUAUUCAGAAAUGCAGGUCUUAAGUAUAGUGGCCUGUUUUGUUUGUAAAUAGUUUUUUAGGGUUUUAUAUAUUGCAAGCCACUGAUUCCAUUUAUUUUCAUCUUGUGAAUGUUCAUUUCAUCGUCUUUGGUCGGUCGUGUAUGAUGAUCAAAUCUUCCAAGGACAUAUUUUAAAAACUCUCAGACAAAAACAAAAAAAAUUAAAAUUUCAAGUUAUUUAAGAAUGAACAUUAAAA